GGGGGAAAGGGACCAACCUGUGCCGAGGGGUUAAAGCAGCAUCCGAGCAUGGAAUCUCCACCGGGAGCUCUUCAUCCCGGUUCUCCACUGGUUGGAGCGGUGUUGGAGCCGGUGGGAUCGGCGGUGCCGGGAGUGUUUCCUCUUCCCAAGCAGCUCCGUGGUGGUGGGGAGCAGGUUGGAGCACAGGCACCGUAUGGCACGAUGGCAGGAGCGAUGCCACCGUCACUCGGAGCGCCUUUGGCUUAUCCCAGUGUGGUUUGACACCACUUGGAACAUCUUCGGCUCAUCCCGGCACAGCUCGACGUGGAUUUCCCUCCCCAGCGCAUCGUUUUGAGGAGGUGCCGCAUGGAUCAUCUCUGCUUGAGGCUGUGAAAUCCCCUUCCCGCAGUGCUGACAACCCCACAGCCGAAUUCCCUGCGGAUCCCAGCACCGGAUCCUGACAAAAACUCCUUGGAUCCUGACAGAACCCCUCACCGCAGGAUUUGCUGGAGCCAAAGAGGAAGAGCUCCCCAGGGAAUGCAUCCUUUGCUCAUUCUGGCUUUGGGAUGGGGGGGGGAAAAAAGCCACGCUUCUCCUAAGUGAGCUUGGUAACGCCGAGAAGGAAUGAGGAGGGAAGUGAUCCAGGAUCCUGUCUGAGCCCUGGGAGCUUCCCGGAGCCUCCCCGAAUUCCGUUUGCAUUGGAAUCCGGAGUUCUCUUCACCUGUUUUCUUCGUGGCUCUGAUGUGUUUUGCAUGUAGAUGGUGUUUGUGCCACCUUGGUUGUGGCCUGGGAUGGAACGGGAAAGACCGGCACCAUCCUCCCAUGAUCCAGCUCCCAUGUGAGGAAGGAGGAAUCACAUGGAAAACCCACAGAGCUGGAAUCUGCCUGGUUGGAGUGAGCUGGACCCUGUUUGGCCGUGGGUCCCUGGCCAUCGGCGUUCCCGAGUGCCGGCGCGGGGCUUUUAUCCGAGUGACCCAGCACAAUCGCCGAGGGAUGGAGAAAGCUGUCCCGAGCUUCUCAGAGCGCCAAGGAGAUGGAGGCAGAGCCCUGUUGAUGCCACCGGAGCCAACCAACGAGACUUUUCCACCCCUGGAGUGUCCCCAAGGGGAAGAGCGAAGAGCAGCUUUCCUUCAGGAUGCAAAGAAACCCCUGGAGAAGCCGGCAUUAGCUGGGAGCUCGGUGGAAACGGAGGCAGAGCUUGAGGAAGAUGCUUUCUAUGCUGAGGAUGAUCUGGAGACCAUGAGCAGGGAGGGGAAGGGACCCUCCAGUGUUGAGCUGUGCCCGUUGCAAGAGGAACCUGACUUCUUCUCAUCACUGGCCCGUCAAGAGCCUGACGUCGCCCUGGAGGCACACGACGUUGCUGAUGAGCCUGAUCCUGCCCUGUCCGGUGCCGUCCCAGCUGCUGCUCACAGGACGGAACUCGGCUCCACAAACGAAGAGCAUUUGGAGUUCAAGAAGGCUUUGUACAGAACGGAUGCAAGGAGCUCCUUAGACCUGCGAACCAUGGCCUGGGACACCUCCACCCUGGAGAGCAGAGCAGGCGAUGGCAGAGAAGAAAGCACUUUAAAGAGACUCUCUGGCUUGAAGGACUUGAAGGACACACGAUGCGUAAAGGAGUCACCAUUUGCCAUGGAGCCCCAGAUUGUAAAUACGGUGCAGGUGGACCCUGAGCAACUGGAGAGUGACUCUGAGGACCUGGGUGGUGGCAAGGGAGCAGUAGAGACACCCAGCCCUUGUGCUGGGGCAUCGGUUGGCGGCGGUGAGGAGAAGUACCUGAAAACGGAACCAAAGCAACUUGAAGGCCUCAGCAAAGAGCACUUAGAGAAGAGCAAGAGGGGAAUCCAGAGGGUCGACUGGAUCUCAAGACCCACCAGAAGCCCAAGUCCUCACUAUAAAGACAUGGGCAAGGUGACAGAUGUAGCAACCAACCUGCCCUUCCGGGGCCAGGCCGUGCGUGAAGUGCCUCCUCCGCUGUUCAGGAAAACACUGAACCCUGUCCUCAGCAAGGCCAAAUCCCUGGAGAGCUCCUCAUCCCAUAGGAAGGGGCUGAUGGUUGACUCGGACUUGGGGGAGAUCAACCCGCUCAACACGGCCGAGUGGACGAUCCCGAAGCCGAGUCUUCAGCUCAGCGCGGACCUGGCCGUGGGCAAACAGACCUGGACAGUGAACGCUGAAGACUCGGUGGAGAGGAUCCCGUUGAUGUCUCUGGAUCCUGCUCCCUGCAGCUCCUACGACAUCGAGAUGAGGCCCUACGUGUGCAGUGUGUUGGUGGAGGAGCAGGGGAAGGAGGAGCUGGGCCCGGAGGAGGACCCCACAGUGUACACCUGCAUCGAGUGCAGCAUUUACUUCAAGAAGAAGGAACACUUGAUGGAUCACAUGCUUCAGCAUAAUCGUGGACCAGGGAGGGACCAAGACAGAGAUGCUUUGGGAGGACAGUGUCAGUUCUGCUGCAACGAGUGUGGCUGGGCCUUUGGAGACCCCACGUCUUUGGAGCAGCACAAGAGGCUCCACCAAGAGUCCAGGGAGAAGAUCAUUGAAGAGAUCCAGAAGCUGAACGAGUUCCCAGACGAAGGCCGGGAUGCGCGGCUGCAGUGCCCCAAGUGUGUCUUUGGCACCAACUCCUCCAAGAUCUUUGUCCAACACGCCAAGAUGCACGUGAAGGAGAGGAAGGACCAAGGGGCCAAGAACCUGAACCUCUUUGGAAGCACAACCAGUGGAGAAAUCCGGGAUAGCCCCAUGCAUGGCAUCUACAAACACUUCAAACCAAAUGAACACGUGGCCCUGCAGAUGCAGGUUCCAGCCCAAAGCAGCAGCAAAGGGCUCAGCACCUGCGUGCUCUGCAGCUUCCCGGCUCCCAACGACAACAUCCUCAAGGAGCACAUGAAAUACGCCCAUUCCCACCUCUCCUGGGACACGGAGGUGUAUGAAGAUGAUCCCAAUCAACCAGGAACCAGCAGAGAUGCCUACAGCCCGGCCCGGCCGGCCCGCUUUGCCGACACCGAUUACUUUGGCAAAGCAGAGCAGCUUUUCCCACCGCCUUCCCAGGAAAGCACAUCCCAUUACGAAGCUGUUCCCAGUUUUGCUCUAACUCAUCCCAGACACAACAAGAGCAACGGAGCUGGCAAGAAGGACUACCAGGCAUCAGGGUUUCAUGCCAGGAAAGCGGCUCCCUAUGGUGCCCCACACAAAACCUUGGGAUUAUCCGGUUUUCCCUCCGCUAAAGCUUAUUCCCAGUUUGCUCUGCAGCAGCUGAAAAAAAAAGGAGCAGCUCAGCCCCUUGAAGGAGAAGGCGAUGCUCUCAGGAGUCACCCCAUGGGGCUGGAAGAGCUCAGGCACAAGUGGAUGUUGGGCAACGAUGCUGCGAGCAUGGAAGAGGAGAUCUCCGUAAGCACAGAGAUGGAUUUGGGUGAGAACAGAGGCAUCAAACCCAUCACCAUCCCUCAAGCUGCCUUGGACCUCAAGAGGACAUUCAGAGACACCUUGAAGGCCACGGACUCUUCGAUAGCUUCAGAGGAGCAGCAGCAGCAAUUGCGGAUGAUGGUCCCCAUCGUCCUCGUGGAGGAGGUGAACCUGCAUCCCAAAGCGACAAAGAGGCCCCGGGGAAAGCCCUUCAAGAAGAAAGCGCUACUCCCAUCCCGGGACUUCAUGAUGGAAGAGCCCAUUCCCUUGGAUAUGCUCCUGUUGGACGCUCCUCUGGAGGGUCCUCUGGAGCUUGAUGACCUCUUGGACUCCGACUCACCCAUGCUGAAGAACGAGGAGAGGAAAUGUCCCUAUUGCCCUGACCGGUUCCACAACGGCAUCGGGCUGGCGAACCACGUGCGGGGCCACCUCAACAGGGUGGGGGUGAGCUACAACGUCCGUCACUUCAUCUCAGCAGAAGAAGUCAAAGCUAUUGAGCAAAAGUUUUCCUUCCAAAAGAAGAAGAAAAAAGGUAUUGCCAACUUCGACCCCAGCACCUUCAGCCUGAUGCGCUGCGAGUUCUGCGGCGCCGGCUUCGACACGCGCGCCGGUCUCUCCAGCCACGCCAGAGCCCAUCUGAGAGACUUUGGGAUCACCAACUGGGAACUCACCAUCUCGCCCAUUAACAUCCUCAAGGAGCUGUUGGCCAACUCCUCGGAGCAUCCAAUGCUGCAGGCAGCGAUGGGAGCGGAGCCUUCAUCCCCAGGCAGAGAGAGGGAAGCUCACGGCUUCGUGCCUCGCAAGAGCAUGACCCCCAUGUCUGAGUGCAGCAUUCCACGGUCUCCUCUGUCCCCGUUCCCCACGUCCUGGGGAGAUGAGUCCCUGCAGUCCUACAGAGAUGUCCUGGCUCCGGAAGAGGAAGAACUGGUGGCCAUGGAGGUGGCUUCCCCCCCUCUCCCCAAAAAAAGCCUUCCCAGUGGGCAGCUGGAUCCACCCCCCUCCAGGAUAGGGACCAAAGUGUCUCCGGAACCACCCGGGAGCAAAGCAGAGCCUCAGGACCCCAAAACCCAGAACCUCACGACGUGCGAGGUGUGCGGCGCCUGCUUCGAGACCCGCAAAGGCCUCUCCAGCCACGCGCGCUCCCACCUGCGGCAGCUCGGUGUGGCCGAGUCCGAGAGCAGCGGGGCUCCCAUCGACCUGCUCUAUGAACUGAUGAAGCAGAAGAGCAAACCCGAUGGCAGCCCCAUCGCUCCUCCCCUGGGCAAGAAACCCCCCAAAGAUGCCACCACCGCCUCCCCUCGCCCCACGCUCCUGGCGCUCGGCAAAGCCGGCGACCGCCCGACGGAUGGGCCUGUUAACAAAGCCAUCAAAUCUCCUCCUGGCUUCUCCAAAAGCCUUUCCCAACCAGGAUCUCCCAUCCUUAAGAAGGUGCCAGCAGCUCUCUCAGGGUCCCCGUCGCCGAAGAACCUUGAGGAGAAGAGCUCCAAGCUCUCGCUGAGCCCUCUGCAGAGCUCCCCCAACGCACAGUGGCCGCAGGCGGAUGAGGAAGGACCCCUCAAUUUGACCUCGGGAUCGGAGCCGGUGCGGGAUAUCCGCUGUGAAUUCUGUGGGGAAUACUUUGAGAACCGCAAAGGUUUGUCCAGUCACGCUCGGUCCCACCUCCGGCAGAUGGGGGUGACCGAGUGGUACGUCAACGGCUCCCCCAUCGACACGCUGCGGGAGAUCCUCAAGCGGAGAACCCAGCCCCGGAGCAGCGCCUCCAAUCCCACCGUUCCCGGCCAGAAAGCCAUGGCCAAGAGCCUCCUGAGCACCAUGGGAUCCUUGGAAGCGCGGGGGCCUGGAGAGCUUCACAUCCCAACCCUCACCAAGAAGGUCCAGCAAGCCGGCAGCCCCAUGGGGCAAUCUCCUACCUCGUCCCCACCUCCCACCGCCCGGAAGAUGUUUCCAGGCCUUUCUCCUCCCUCCUUGCAGAAGAAACUCAAACAAGAUCAACUGAGGGUGGAAAUCAAGCGGGAGAUGAUGUCGGGAGGACUCCACGGAGAACCUCAUCCCUCCGACCAAGCCUGGUCCCCACGGGAGGACAUGUCUCCUUUGAACCUCUCUUCCCGAGCGGAGCCGGUGCGGGAUAUCCGCUGUGAGUUCUGCGGGGAAUACUUCGAGAACCGCAAAGGUUUGUCCAGUCACGCUCGGUCCCACCUCCGGCAGAUGGGGGUGACCGAGUGGUCGGUCAACGGCUCCCCCAUCGACACGCUGCGGGAGAUCCUCAAGAAGAAAUCCAAACCUUGCGUUAUCAAGAAGGAACCUCACGCUUCCACCAUCGAACCUCCCAAAUCCAUCGGGGAGGAAGGGAUGGAGCCUAAAUCCCCGGGGAAAAUCCUGCAGGGAAUGACCCUGGCUCCUUUAGGUGGGCGGCCGGGGAAGCCGGGCCCCGGUGGCUCCAGUCUGAGCCGGGAGCUGUCGCUGUCACCUCUCACCAGCAAAGCCCAAGGUGGGUUCCUGACGCCGCUGGCGGCCAAGCGGCCGCUGCAGGAUGAGCGCUUGGGCCCUCACAGCGAUGUCAAGCACAAGACCUUCAUCCAGACCGAGCUGCCCUUCAAGGCCAAGGCCGUGCACGACAAGCCUGCGCACACGUCCGGCGAAGCCUGUUGCGAGCUCUGCGGCCUGUACUUCGAGAACCGCAAGGCGCUGGCGAGCCACGCGCGGGCCCACCUGCGGCAGUUCGGCGUCACCGAGUGGUGCGUGAACGGGUCCCCCAUCGAGACCCUCAGCGAGUGGAUCCGGCACCGGCCCCAGAAAGCCGGCGCCUAUCGGAGCUACAUCCAAGGAGGACGCCCCUUCACCAAGAAAUUCCGGAACUCGGCGCAUUCCCGGGAUCACCAUCACCACCACGACGGCGGCGCCCGGCGGGUGCCGCUCAGCCUGCAAGCGGGCGGCGUGGCGUUCCUGAGCAAAGGAUUGGCGGGAGAGCUGGCUCACGGCGAGGCCGGGAAGAUCCUGGAUGGGGGAAGCGGUGCUGAGCGGCCCAUGGUCACGUCCCCGCUCUCCUUGGUGAAGCUGGAGGAGCAUCAGCGCUCCAACAUCAACAAGUUCGAGCGGAGGCAGGCGCGGCCCCUGGACGCUCCAAUCCACCGGGAAGAGGAAGGAGCAGAAUUCCAGCAGAAGAUGGAGGAGACGCGGCAGCCGCCGCCGCGGGUCAGGCCGGUCCCAUCCCUGGUCCCUCGCCCGCCCCAGACCUCCCUGGUCAAGUUCGUGGGGAACAUCUACACCCUCAAAUGCCGGUUCUGCGAGGUGGAAUUCCAAGGUCCCCUCUCCAUCCAGGAGGAAUGGGUCCGGCAUCUCCAGCGGCACAUCCUGGAAAUGAAUUUCUCCAAAGCGGAUCCUUUACGGGGAGAAGCCCCCCCCCAGCCUGAGCCUCCCGCUAUGGCUGAGGCUCAGUAACCGCAGCCCCAAUCCCGGCUCCCCCCGGGAAGCGGCACCGGGAAGCGACCGCGGAUGUGGCCGGAACGUCCUCACCCCCCUUCCCGCAUCCACAAUUCCCUGUUUUGUCAAAUGGUUGGGAAAAGAUGGGGGGGGGGGCGAGCAAUUGCUGCCUUUGCCUCCUCCAGAGCUCCCCCAUAUCCAAGGGGAUGCGCUGGGGGGGGGGGGCAAUCCCAGCCACAAGCACUACAUGGAUCAAGACAACCCUCAGUGAUCCCACGGGAGACAACCGGGAUCCGGAUCGGGAGCGACUCAGUACGGGGAGGGGAUGGGGGGGGGGGGAGGGAUUUUCUCCCUUCCUCAUUCCCUAAAUCCAUUAGUUUUGUUGUUUUUAACCCAAAGAACAAACGGUGUCGCCUCCACCGGGAUGGAGCCGGAGCCGGGGGGGGGGGGGAGGAAUGUCGGGAGCAGCCACGUUCCCGGAAAACGCUGUGGAUUUUGUAUAUGACCCUUUAGAGUUAAUGUAUAUUCGCUUAUUUUUGGGGUUCCUGUUUUUUUCCAUAGGCAAAAAGAGGAGUUUUAGUCUCACGUAGAUGUCGGAAUCCCGCCAUUCCGGGGUUGCAUGUUCCCAAAAAUCCCCUUUGCCCACCCCAAACGCCGCCGCUUCCCUCCCGCUUCACUCCACCGCAGCCGCGGAUCCCGAGGGAUUCACCCCGCUGCCCCCCCCCUCCAGGGGUGACAUCCCCGCGGCAUUCCCGGCGUUCCCAUCGGGAAUGGGCCGCGGGAGGGUUCGGCUCAGCCCCACUUUCACUGUUGCUUUCUUAUUCCUUUGGUUUUCCCGGUUUUCCCUCCUCUAGCUCCAUAGACUUCCCGACUUUUUUAAGCUCUAGAUUUGUGUAGGACUAAGGAAUCUUCAUUUUUAUUUGGAAUUCCCAAAAACUUCCGAAUUUCGGGAGGAAUUUUAACGGAUAAAUAUUUUUUCUCUCUUUCUCUUUCUCUAUUUUUUUUUUUUUUUUUUUUAAUUUCAUUUCCAAGGUUUUUUUUUUUUUUGGGACAUUUUCUGGUGAUUCCUGUACCCGGGAAUGUGGGACGAUGGAUUAAAUUCUUCUGGAAAUGAA